AAGGAAAAGUUUUAGGAUUCAACAUGGCAGACGACAAUGGCUGAGGUGGUACGGCGGACGGACCAAUAUUCUCCAAAAUCGAGCCCUCGCGGCUCCCGCUCGCCGGUUGUGUCUCGUCAGGACACAACCGGAACACUUAAGACGACAAUUUCUCUCGGCAAGACUCCAGCCAUUGUUCACAGCGGUCCGUUUUAUCUCAUGAAAGAACCUCCAAAGAGUGAGCUCACCGGCGCCACAAACCUAAUGGUAUCAUAUGGCUUGGAGCACUCCUACAACAAAUUCAGCGGUCGUAAGGUCAAGGACCAGCUCAGUGCUUUCUUGCCCAAUUUGCCAGGCAACAUCGAUGCUCCCGGCGAUCAAGACAACAGUUCAUUACGCUCUCUCAUUGAAAAGCCACCCGUCGGUGGAAAGGAGCUCCUGGCCCUUACCGCUGCCCAACUGGUCGGGUUCAGGCUUCAUCCCGGACCGCUGCCUGAACAGUAUCGCAUGAUGAGCCAGCAGCCACAACGAAAGAAGCACAAGCAUAAAAAGCACAAACACAAAAUGGGCGACACACCCAAUCACGAAUCUCAACAGCAAGAAAAUGCCUCAGAUGCCUCCCACGAGAAGAAACACAAGAAGCAGAAGCGACACGACGAAGAGAAAGAACGGAAGAAAAAGAAGAAGGAAAAGAAAAAGAAAAAGAAGCACAGUCCUGAAGCCACACCAGCCAAUCCUGGCAACCCAGCACUUUCCAACGGUUCCCAAAGGGUCAUCUAAAGGUUCACAAGUUCAGACACAGUGCCCAGCAAUGUCCAUUCACGCAUCAUAACUGUACCAUUGCCUUUGCUAAUGCCUUAGCAUGUAAACCUGCCAAAAAUAUACAGAGGGCUGGUUCUGGGCGGUGUUUUUCGUUGUCUUUGCAGCAUCCUUCAUUAUUAUUUUCUUUGUUUUGUUUAACUGGUUCUGUUAUGGCUAGUGCAGCUUACUGAUCAACAUUUCGCUCAUCUAAGUUUUAAUAUGCUAUUUGGCACAUUGAUUUUUACACAUACAAAAAAAAGAACGCUUUACGAAAUUUCAUCGUUUUAUGCAGCAUAGCUGUGAAUAAAACAUGUAGAACUCGCCAA